CAUUCUUUCCUCUUCAGUCCUCAUCUUCCCCACCACCAUCAAUAGAAUCAAUCAAUACCACUGAGCCGAGUGGUCCGUGCUUCCACUUCCAACAAACACAGUGCCUCUUUCCCCUUCACUAUUACCAUCACCACCACUCCCUCUAAAUAUAAUAAUAUAAUAAUAUUAUUAUUCCCUUACCCAAAAUACAAUUAUCUAUUCACAAAAAAAAAAAAAAAAAAUACAGCUCUCAAAUUUCGCCAUUCCCUUCCUCUCUCAACCAAACACACACCAUUCUUCUUCUUCUUCUCCGUUCGGGGUUCAAAUUCACCAAACCAACCCCAAACGCGUGAUGUGAUUCAAACGCAGCUGAGUUUCGCGGCGGCUGCGUAGAAUCACCGAUUCUUCGUCUCGUUUCUGGAUCCAAUGCAUGGGUACAGCCGCUUGGGACGGAGCAGCAGUUCCUCCUCCUCCUCCGCGGCGGCGAAGGAGGGGAAUUCUAUGGAGAAGCUGGUGUUCCUUCUCAUGUCGGCGGUUUUCAGGCGCCGAGGCUUGCUCCUCUUCGCGCCCUUGUUGUACAUUACUGGGAUGCUUCUGUACAUGGGUUCGUUGAGCUUUGAUGUUGUUAGCAUAAACAACGGCGUCGUUUUUGUACAUAAGCGUCAUAUUCCUGGUUCUGUUUAUCGGAGUCCUCAGGUUUUUCAGAAUCUCUGGCCUCUCAUGCAAGCUGAUGCUGCCAAUGCUACUCAAAAUGUUUUGAUGAAAGCGUGGAAUGUGAAGGAGGGUGGAGAGUGGAAGCCCUGUGCUAAUAAAAGUGUUCCUGAAAGAGAGUUGCCGAAGUCAAAUGGGUUCUUUAUAAUUGAAGCUAAUGGUGGAUUGAAUCAGCAGCGCUUGGCGAUAUCUGAUGCAGUUGCUGUGGCUGGACUACUAAAUGCAACUCUUCUUAUUCCAAUAUUUCAUUUUAAUAGUGUAUGGCGCGACUCGAGCAAAUUUGGUGACAUUUUCGAUGAAAAUUUCUUCAUACAAACACUUGGAAACCGUGUGCAUGUGGUGAGAGAACUUCCUGAUGACGUACUUCAACAGUUUGACAAUAACAUAAGUAACAUUGUCAAUCUUAGAGUAAAAGCUUGGUCUAGUCCAGCUCAUUAUCUUAAAAAAGUCCUUCCUCAGCUUUUGGAAAUGAGGGCUGUUCGCAUUGCACCUUUCUCCAACAGAUUAGCUGAGUCAGUACCCUCAAAGAUCCAAGAGCUUAGGUGCUUUGCCAACUUUGGAGCUCUUAUAUUUUCAGAACCUAUAAGAACACUUGCAGAAAGAAUGGUUGAACGGAUGGUUAAACAUAGUUCCCAAAGUGGUGGGAAAUAUGUUUCAGUGCAUCUUCGUUUUGAGGAGGAUAUGGUUGCAUUUUCGUGCUGUGAGUACGAUGGUGGGGUGGAGGAAAAACAUGAAAUGGAUAUUGCUCGUGAAAGGAGUUGGCGAGGUAAAUUUAGAAGAAGGCAUAGGAUAAUAAAGCCAGGUGCAAAUCGGGUGGAUGGAAAAUGCCCAUUGACUCCAUUGGAGGUGGGAAUGAUGCUUAGAGGAAUGGGUUUUGAUAAUACUACCUCAGUAUAUGUUGCUGCAGGAAAGAUUUAUAAAGAACAAAAGUACAUGGCACCACUAAAACAGAUGUUUCCGCUUUUGCAAACUAAGAAUACACUGGCAACUCCAGAAGAGCUUGCUCAAUUUAUGGGCCACUCGUCUAGGUUGGCUGCUCUCGAUUAUACUGUUUGCCUUUAUAGUGAAGUAUUUGUGACAACUCAGGGUGGAAAUUUUCCACAUUUCUUGAUGGGUCACAGGCGAUAUAUGUAUGGUGGACAUGCAAAGACAGUUAAACCUGAUAAGAGAAAAUUGGCUCAGUUAUUUGAUAAUCCUAAUCUAAGAUGGGAUUUAUUCAAGCAACAAAUGAGAGACAUGCUUCGCCGUAGUGAUCAAAAGGGAACUGAGCUUAAAAAGGCUGGCGAUUCCCUAUAUACUUUCCCUAUGCCAGAUUGCAUGUGUAAGCAGGUAGAACCCAAAACUGAAAAUGGUACCAAGAGAUAAUGUAUGAAAGAAUCUAAUGUAAUAGGAUUGACUUUAGGAAAUCCAAUUGUGCAAUACGUGUAAUUUAUAGUUGUAUGUAUCAUUAAGUUUAGAAUCAAAAAAGAAAAUGUUUGAUUCAAACUUGAAAAAAGCCAUAUAUUAAGGCUUCAUUUUUUGUAUUCACUGAUGAAAGCUAGCUGUGAAAUCACAAUUCAUUGUAUAUCAGAUUAUUGUAACUCUAGAUUGACUUGCACUUGAUUAUGAUAUUAAUUUUUUGAAGCACUA